AUGUAUACUUUGAAGGGUAUCUUUCCCGAACCAAAGAAAGAACAAAAAAAGAACUUCAUCAGAGAAAACAUGAAACAACUAAAAUACAUUCAGAGCAGCAAAUCUCCCAAAGAACCGAAAUACAAUACUAAAAAUGUCCAUCCACCGCGGCUGACCAACCCUAUCGCAGCUGGAAGCACUCUUGGCCAAGUGAAGUCAUCACCAUCGAAUAAGAGUGGAAAGACAUCAAUCAAUAUUGCAAAGACUAGCUCUACAAGCACUCGUAAAAAAAUGGCGGAUAUACGUAUCAAGAAGGGUGAUAUGGCCGAAUUUCUCAAAAGGAAAGAGUUGAGGCAGUCCAAAGCAACAGAAGAUUGUGCAGAUGAAGAAGUAAAGUCAACAGAGUCAACAGGACGCCUCCGGGACAUUGGCUGUCAAACUGUAGAGUCUAACCUUGCUCAGAAGCUGGCUGAGGGUGCAAAGUUAACAAUGUUAUAUCCUAAGAAGGAGGGUGAAGAUACUGAAGCCAAAAUGAAGGCUAGUGGAGACACUGGUCAUCACAGAAGCCCUCCUCCAUCCCAGCCUCCACGUCGGGCUGGUGAUGAUAAUAAUAUAUUAGAUCUUGAAAGAAAUCGUAGCCGGUUAAAUGCCAUUUUGGAGAGAAAGGAUACCAGGGACCCGUACUUACCAUCAGGUUACCAAAAAGGUGUGGUACCAAAAUACUUACGCGAACGUAAGGAACAGGGUCCAAAGGAGGGAGAGGGUGGCAGGCUGGAAGAAGACCACUCUGUGUGUCCUCCUGGACAUGUGACUCUACCUGAUACUGAGCGUAAAGAAACAUUGAGGAUGCUUAGGAAUAGUUUUGCAGAGUUAGUAAGUGAACUGAAUAAAUUGCCAGUAAAAACAGAUACGCUUAAAAUGCGUAAUAGAAAAAUGGAAUUAGAAAAACAAUUAGCGAAACUUGAGGAAGGAAUCAAAGUGUUUUCCCGACCCAAGGUGUUUGUAAAAAUAGGAGAAUGA